UUUGGAGGCUGACCCGCGCGUGGAUUCAUGAAUGGAUUUGAUUGAGGAACAGUGAGGAGUCUCCGGCUGCUUUGAGCAGCAGCAUGACCUCCCCUCUCCUCUCACUCCUCUGUCGGUAAAAUGCACCAGUGGAACUCCACCUCUCCGGAUGGGAACAGCAGCGCCUCUGGUCUGGGGCAGGUGGAGCGAGUCCUGGUGCCCAUUUUGGACGUCCUGAUACUGACUCUGGGCAUUUGCGGACACAGCAUGGUGAUGGUGAUUCUGUGCGGAAGACGAAGGGGCCCCCCGCCUGGAUCCUCCCCCCAGAAUUCAGUCACCGGCACCGGGACGGACAUCUUGCUGUUGGCCCUCAGCGCCGCGGAUCUCCUGCUUCUCUCCGUGCUCCCGUUCCACACCACCGCCAUAGCCCUUCAGCACUGGCCUUUCGGAGACGUUAUGUGCAGAGUGGUCGGUUUUCUCGGGUCGGCCUGCACCUCUGCGUCUGUAUUUACGCUCGCCGCUUUGGCCGUUUCUCGCUAUCUAACUGUUGUCAAGCCGGCGAAAGCAUACUUCCUACUUUCUCCAAAACGCGUCUCUUUAGUUGCAUGUCUUCUUUGGAUUCCUGCUUGUGGAUUAGCGGCGCCGCAGUUAAUUUUUCGAUACGUAGGCACUCCCAAAAGCACUCCGGAUGGGUUAAUUUGCUUUUCCUUCUUAUCCCAUAAAGGACAAAUGAUCUACGGACUAGUUCAUUUUGUCGUAGCGUUUUUACUACCGUUGUUUACAAUUGCAGUAGCGUAUAGCGGUAUCUACGUGUUCCUAUGGGUGACCAGACAUCAAACAAGGGCUCCUCAAGUUGAGCGCUAUCAAAGUAAAGUAACCCAAACGUCGGCCAUGCUGGUGCUGGCGUUCACGGUCUGCUGGUUGCCUUCUUACGGGCUGACGCUUGCACUCGUAGCAGAAGAAACGUCGGGAGCUACCGGGACGUCACCGCGGUACGGAGGGUUCAGCGUGUUCGCGAGACUCAUGGCUACCUCCUCCACGGUAGUCAACCCCAUUUUAUACGUGCUUAUGUCUCAGAAGUUCAGAGAGGACCUGGUGAAACUGUUCAAGAGGACAAGACCAGAAGACAACGGAGCGGUUUCUAUGGGGACUACGUGAUGACAUUUACGCAGGCUCUAGAGUUGUGAUGUCACUUCCGGGUCCAUCAGCUGAUUGACAACAAAGAUCGUGUUUACAGUUUUAUCUUUUUUAGUGACGAUGGGGUCCACCGCUUAUUCCGACAUCCCUUCAUUAUAACAUGUCUCUAUUUAGACGUGCUGG